AACAAUGAGUGACUAGCUCGUGUAAUGACCCUUGCCCAUAUUAUUUUCACAUAAAAUAGUAUCACUAGAGGGGAGUGGGGUUUUGGUUUAUGUUACACUCAAAACCCCCAUGGGGGUUUAGUGUACUACACUCAAAACCUCCAAGGGGGUUUAGUGUAAUACAAGUGACAUUUUACACAUCAAAUAAUACCACAUGGGGUUAAGUGUUACACUCAAAGCCUCAAGAGAUGUUUUGUGUCUUAUAGGGAAGCCAAAGGGGGUUUUGUAUAUUUUUACCUAAUUUUUGGGAUCAUGGAAAACCUAAAAAUGGUUCAUUUGCAUCAACUAGAAACAAAGGUCAAUGUGAAGACGUGUGUCUGUUUUGUUGUUGCUGUUUGUGGCUUAAUUGCCACAUUUGUGUUCCCCUGGAGAUAUUAAACUUGUGUUUGUACAUCUAUUUUAAAACUUCAUGAUUUUGUGAUUGUUUUCCUCAUUGUGCAGGUUGCAUUUAAAACAGGUGAUUAUAAACAACGAGUAAUUUUUAUUGGUGGAUUAACUGAUGGCUUUCUGGCCACAGAAUACUUGGAACCUCUUGUGUGUUAUUUCCAAUGUUUUGUCAUGCCAUAGGGAGUUACAGCUAUUCCUAUGCACAGACGCAAUGGAGCUUGAUCAGCAGAUCAGUCAUUUAAUCAACAAAGAAGAUUCUGAAGGUGUGGUACUACUGGGGCAUAGUACUGGUUGUCAGGAUAUUGUGCAAUAUAUGCGUACAAAUGCUGCAUGCUGCAUGCUCCAGAGCAGUCCGUGCUGCCAUUUUGCAGGUGCUCACCUAUCAAUACCCUGCUCUGCUCCUUGUAAUGUAAAAGCUUCAAAGAUCUAUAUAUUCAUUCCUAAAUGUAAACCAUUAGUUGUGCUUCUUGAUGUUAGAAUGAGUUUCUGCAGUGAAUAGCAUGGCUUUUAGCUGAAUACAAAGGCUUUUUUGUGUGUCCUUGUUUAAUUUUUGCAUCUGAAUCCUGGCUCAAUCCAACUGGGUAGCAAAUACUAUUUAGUGGUACUAGUACAUCACUACUACUAGCGAUAUCAGCUGUAUAAAAAAUUUCUCAAAACAAGUAUAUUAUAUACUAGGAAGCACGGGUGUGGAUU